AUUCAAUCCAGCUCUGACUGUGUAACCAGCAAAUGAGGAUGGAUUGAUAUUCAACAAAAUUAACAAUCCAUCUGCAUAAUCUUGGACUCGCGGUCGGCUAAAAAUGUGAAGGUAGUUCUCUCUUAAUACUCACCAAGCACACAACACUUUAAGGCAACUUCCUUCUAUCUUUAUUGUGCCAAAAGGCAGAACAGCCAAGGCAGAAUGGAUAACUUCAAAGAUGAUAAGACUCGAACAAAGCGAGCAAAGAAGCUAGGUGGAAAUAAAGCUGCAAUUUUUGUAUACGCAACCGAGGGGCUCGAGAACAUGGCAUUCAUCUCGAAUGCUGUCAGCCUGGUGACAUAUUUCUCUGGUUAUAUGAACUUUGGCAUUACAAAGUCUGCCAACACACUCACAAACUUUGUUGGGACUGCAUUCUUACUAGCACUCUUCGGAGGAUUCAUAUCUGACACCUAUUUGACAAGAUUCAAGACUUGUGUCCUGUUCGGAAUCAUUGAAUUGCUGGGUUAUGGCCUCCUAGCAAUUCAAGCACAUUUCCAUCAACUAAGACCAAUCCCGUGCAAAGGAGUUGCACCAACCUUAGCAAACCAAUGUGAACCUGCUGAUAGCAGCCAGACUGCAAUCCUUUUCACUGGUCUAUACCUUGUGGCAUUAGGUACCAGCGGAAUUAAAGCCGCCUUACCAUCCUUGGGGGCAGACCAAUUCAAUGAAAAAGACCCCAAAGAGGCAGCUCAAUUAUCUAGCUUCUUCAACUGGUUUUUGUUUAGUAUUACCAUAGGCGCUGUGGUAGGCGUGACGUUUCUUGUCUGGAUUAGUACCAACCAAGGUUGGGAAUGGUCAUUUGGUGUUUCUACCAUAGCUGUCUUAUUCGCUAUCAUCAUCAUAUGCAUGGGGAAGUCGCUGUAUCGAAACAAUGUACCUAAUGGGAGCCCUCUUGUUCGGAUUCUUCAGGUCUUUGUGGUUGCAAUUAAAAACCGGAACGUUCCAAUACCAGAGAGGGCUGAAGAAUUGCAUGAAAUCCAUGACAAAGAAGCUGGUCUGCAGGAAGAAAUUAUUGAGAGGACUGAUCAGUUCAGAUAUUUGGACCGAGCAGCGAUUAUUAGGAGUAGUACAGAUGCUGAAACAUCGAUUAACAUCGAUCGCUGGAGCAUGUGCACAGUUACACAAGUUGAAGAGGCAAAAAUACUAAUACGCAUGCUACCAAUCAUACUAAGCACUGUCUUCAUGAAUACAUGUUUGGCUCAACUACAGACUUUCUCAAUCCAACAAAGCCAAACCAUGGACACACAGGUCCUUGGCUUUAAGGUUCCCGGCCCCUCACUUCCUGUCAUUCCCCUUCUAUUCAUGGCCAUUAUGAUCCCCAUAUAUGAUCGUAUAUUUGUACCAUUUGCUCGAAAGAUCACUGGAAUCCCCACCGGUAUUAGCCAACUCCAACGUAUUGGGGUUGGUCUAGUCCUCUCAGCUAUCUCCAUGGCAGUUUCCGGAUUGGUUGAAACCAAACGCAAACAUGUUGCUAUUGAACAUAACAUGGUUGACUCCGCUGAGCCUCUGCCCCUUAGCGUGUUCUGGCUAGGCAUCCAGUACGCGAUAUUUGGAGCAGCUGAUAUGUUCACUUUGAUUGGGUUGUUAGAGUUUUUCUACGCUGAAAGCUCGGCUGGAAUGAAGGCAUUGAGUACAGCCAUCUCAUGGUGUUCAAUUGCAUUUGGAUACUUCUUGAGUUCAGUGACUGUGGAAGUUGUUAACAAGGUGACUGGUGGAUGGCUGGCCAGUAAUAAUCUCAACAGGGAUAAGUUGAACUACUUCUAUUAUCUGCUCUCUGUUUUGAGUGUUGCGAACUUCGGAUUUUAUCUGGUUUGUGCAUCUUGGUAUCGAUACAAGAAGGCGGAAGUGAAGCAAAUAGAGGAUUCUGUUACUAGUGAUGUCAAUGGGAAGAUGGAAAUGACCAGAGUGUAGGAAAGAUAUAGUUUGUAAGAGAUCCAAUGUAAGGUUGCACUGUCGUUUCAAAUAAUAUCCUACUCUUAACUUGGAAUGCAAAAG